UAAACAAAUUAAUUUUUUAAUAAACUUAACUAGCAAAAGAAGGGUGUUCCAAAUGAAAUAUUGCCGUUUCAAAUAAAAACAAUGUAGUUCAAUUCCCAUCCUAUAACAUGGAUCCGUUGAAAUUAUGCAGGGCUUGCUUAUCGGAGCACCCUACGAUUUCGAUCUUCAACAAACUUUCCAACCAAAACAAUACUUUUGCCGAUAUAUUAAUGGAAUUUGUAUCUGUUAAGAUUUUAGCAAACGAUGGACUUCCAGAAAACAUUUGCACGCAAUGUGAAACUCAAAUAUUUUCGCUAAUAAAAUUCAAACAAACUUGCCUGGAAUCUGUUGAUAAAUUGCAAAAAUUGGUCCCAGUUAUACAUGAAAAUGGUUCGUCACUGAUACAAUCUGACGAUGAUGAUAAUAUUGAUUAUGAUAGUAAUUCUGAUGAUGAAACUUACACUGUUAAACCUAUAAGAAGUUUAAAAAAAGCUCUGAAGUUCACUUGCAAUGUCUGCAGUAAAUCUUAUAAAUUCCAAAAAAAUCUGGAUAGGCACAAAUGUAUAGAUUCAAUUAUUGAACAAGAAUCUACUACAAACAAGGAAAGAAAUGAAACAGAUUACACUGUAAACACUAAAAGAAGUUUGAAAAAAGCCAGAUUAUUAAAGCCCCUCAAGUUCACUUGCAACAUCUGCAGUAAUUCUUAUAAAUUCCAAAAAAAUCUGGACAGGCACAAAUGUAUAGAUUCAAAGGAAUUCAUAAGUAUUAAACAAGAAUCUGCUACAAACAAGAGAAUAAAUGACACAGAUGCUAUUGAUGGUGACCUACCAAAUAAGGACGAAAAUAUCUUAGAGAGCCUGACUGUCAAAACUGAUGAUUAUGUAGAUCAGGACGAUGCCAAAGACCACUCAGAAGAUUCAGACUUUGCAGCAGAAUACACCUGCGACACGUGCAACCAAAGCUUCAAAUACAAAAGCCUAUUGAUCAAGCACCAACAAAAACACACAAAAGAUCGUCCGUUUCUGUGCAACAUUUGCGGCAAAGGCUACGCCGACAAGUACGGCUUGAAGAGUCAUUUAUCCACUCAUUCGGAUGAUAGGCCUUACGUGUGCAACUUUGACUGUUGCGGCGCCCAAUUCAGAACUCAAGGGGCUAUUCGGGUGCACGUGAGAACACACACGGGGGAGAGGCCUUAUCAGUGCAGCCAUUGUCCGAAACGUUUUGCGCAAGCGGCUAAUUUGCAACAGCACGAACGCACUCAUACUGGAGAAAAACCUUACGAGUGUAAAGUUUGCAAUCACAGGUUUAACCAUAGCGGCAAACUUAAAAUACACAUGAGAUCUCAUAGCGGUGAAAAGCCUUAUGGUUGUCCGUAUUGCGAAAAAUGUUUUGCCAUGAAGGAGACUUUGAGGAAACAUAUUUGGACACAUACUGGUCAAAAACCAGCCAAUUAUAAGCCUAGACCUCGUGCAGAUACAAGUCACAUAGUACCGUCGCACAAAUGCGACCUUUGCAAUAAAAUGUUCAAAUUUGCGGCAAACCUUAAAGCGCACCUGCGCAGGCACAACAAAGAAAAGCCUUAUUUGUGUAGCAUUUGUGGUAAAUCGUUUGCAGAGAAACACGGAUUGACUGUACAUUUAAAUACUCACACUGGCGAAAAACCUUUCGUUUGCAUGAUUUGUUCGGCUCGAUUUACAGCACCUACGGCCUUAAGGGUGCAUUUGAGGAGACACACUGGUGAAAAACCGUACAAGUGUGACGUUUGCAGUAAGAGCUUUUUUCAGCCUAGCAAUUUGAUUAGCCAUAAACGAUCUCAUACUGGAGAGAAGCCUUAUGAAUGCAAUUUGUGUAAUAAAAGGUUUUCUGCUAGUAAUAAAUUAAAAAUCCACAAACGCAUGCACAGCGGUGAAAAGCCAUACAAUUGUCCGCAUUGUGACGAAUGUUUUGCACGUAGAGACGUGCUAACAUGCCAUUUAAGACGACAUACUGGUGAAAAACCAUAUACCUGCAAGAUAUGCCUGCAAUCUUACUCACACAGUGGUACUUUGUAUACGCACACAAAGACGCAGCACAAAAUGAAGGGCCACGACUUGUCUGCUUUAGAAUAUUAAUAAUUAGAGAAUAUUCGUGUUAGUUUAUUGAUGUGUGAUUUUUUCAAUUGGAUGUGAAAAUGUCUGUGACUUGUAGCUUGUUUCUGGAACUGUGAAAGUAUUGCUUUCUCAGAUGAAUUGAAGGGUUUUAAAAUAAUUAACUAAACAACAACUUCGGCAGGAGGAUUUGAAAAAUAAUAAUUAAUUAGAUUUGAAUAUCCCAAGUGUUAUCAGAUAAAUUUCUUUAAGAGCAAAAGAAAAUGUAACACCUAAAAUAUGUCAAUGAAUUGUAAACAUUUAUCUGCUGUAGUGGCACAAAAAAGUUAAUGGGGGUGGGAAAAUAUGAAAAAUGACCCUGUACCUACUAUCAAAGGUAGUUGUAAAGUCAAAACUUGAGUAGUUGUAUAGUUUCCUUUCCAAGCAGACCAUGAUUUCUUUACACUGAAAAGAACUGAAUCAGGCAAUGUGGAGAGUGUUUGCUGAAUUAAUUUUUCUUUAUGAUAAAAAGUGCAAUUGACUUCAGAGCUAGUUAAACAAGUCAAUAUUGAGAUGCUCACUAGAACUAAAAUAUCAUAAUUAAAAUCCUGUUCAAAAAAACAGUACAUAGUUCUGUUUCGAGUAACCCAAACAUUGAAUUUUUUAGUUUAAAUAAUUGGAUUUUCAUUAUUUAUAAUAAAUAGAUAAAAUUCAAAUGUGUGUGUGUUUUUUCGAUUUCUGAAACAAUCUAAACACUAGUGCUUAAAAGUGUCACUUUCACACACUGAUUGCCUAGAAGAUUGUACAAUUUAAACACUAGUGCUUAAAAGUGUCACUUUUACAUACCGAUUGCUAUUAUGAAACGUUAGUAGAAAAAAUCAAUUUAAUAGAAUCACUUGCUAGUCUAUUCAAUAUAGGGUGUUGAUUGUAAUAAGUAUUUGUUUUGCAAAGCAAUCCCAAUUUCAUAACUUUCUUAAUAGAGAUUUAUUAUUUAUCUGUAUGGUACAUCAAAUUAAGUAUACAUUGUUCAAAAAACUUAAAAUAAAAUCCCUAUUGUAAUGUAUACAUAUUAUUGUUUAAUACCUCACACAAUAAAGAAAUAUUCCACUUUAAUAAUAUUAUAAUUAUUGCGUGCUUGUAUAUUUUUUUUAAUACAAAAUUAAACUACCUUCUAAAAACACCCAUAUUAAUAUAAAAAAAACUCUAAUCACUACCACUUGCACUACCGCCUUCUUCGUCCUCAUCAGAAUCCUUAAGUGCAGCUCUUGUUUUCUCACUUUUCUUACCCUUUCUUGUGUCGAGAUCAGAAUCAUCUU